GGGGGGACGGGGACGGGGACGGCGGGAGCAAGUCGGGAGGGAGAGAUUUAUCGUUUGAAUUUUCAAGCGAUCACUUUUAUUACAGCGGGCGUUCGGAAGGCAGCCCCUCACCCCUGCCCGCAGAGGGAGGGUGCGGGGGCAAGGGGGGCCGGCAGGCCGCGCGCUGCCCGCCCGCGGGGCGCGCUCCCGCGCCGCUCGCUCCCGCCCGCACCGUCGCUGCCCUGCGAAGUUUGCCUGCCACCACUCUCCGGGAUUUUCCUUCUCCGCUGCGGGCUGUAACCUUGAACUUUGGAAGCGUGGUGACAGUGCCGUAAUAACCCACCAGCAACAACUUCUUAAAAAAAAAAGGGAUUAAAAAAAAAAAAGGCCAAAAAAAAAAAAAAUCCUCCCGCCCACCCUCCCCCCCCCGCCCCGAGUCCUUCCCCCCUCGUCUGCCAAACAACCACCAGCAGCAGCAGCAGCAAAAGCAAGACUCCCGCGCCGCCGACUACAAGAGGGUUAAAAGUGUAGAUUGGAUUUCACCCCGGGAAAUCUAGCACACGGAGUGAACUUGAAUCUUUGGCUAUUUAAGGAGGACUGGGGUUUGUUGUGAAGUUGUGGUGAUCCAGGGCAGAGCCCGUCCUGAUUGAUUUCAUCUUCCUUGAGUCUCAGAUGACUGUAAAAUGAAUAGAUGAAAUUAUUCCUUUUUGAGGCUUUUCUUAGGGGCUCUCCGGGCAGCGUGUUCUCAAAGCGAAGUCAUGAUGUAUUCUCCAAUCUGUCUCACUCAGGAUGAAUUUCACCCGUUCAUUGAGGCACUUCUUCCACACGUCCGUGCAAUUGCCUAUACUUGGUUCAACCUUCAGGCUCGAAAACGCAAGUACUUUAAAAAACAUGAGAAACGAAUGUCAAAGGAUGAGGAAAGAGCAGUCAAGGAUGAGCUACUUAGCGAAAAGCCUGAAAUUAAACAGAAGUGGGCAUCCAGGCUCCUGGCCAAGCUGCGCAAAGAUAUUCGCCAAGAGUUCCGGGAGGAUUUUGUGCUCACGGUGACUGGGAAGAAGCACCCAUGCUGUGUAUUGUCCAAUCCUGACCAGAAGGGUAAGAUUAGGAGAAUCGACUGCCUGCGACAGGCUGACAAAGUCUGGCGUCUGGAUCUAGUCAUGGUGAUCCUGUUCAAAGGCAUCCCCUUGGAAAGUACAGAUGGAGAGCGGCUCAUGAAAUCCCCACAUUGCACAAAUCCAGCACUUUGCGUCCAGCCACAUCACAUAACAGUAUCAGUCAAGGAGCUUGAUUUGUUUUUGGCAUACUACGUGCAGGAGCAAGAUUCUGGACAACCAGGAAGUCCAAGCCACAAUGAUCCUGCCAAGAAUCCACCAGUGUACCUUGAGGACAGUUUUGUAAAAUCCGGGGUGUUCAACGUGUCAGAACUUGUGAGGGUGUCCAGAACACCCAUAACCCAGGGAACUGGAGUGAACUUCCCAAUUGGAGAGCUUCCGAGCCAGCCAUAUUACCAUGAUAUGAAUUCGGGUGUAAAUCUGCAGAGGUCCUUGUCCUCUCCACCAAGCAGCAAAAGACCCAAAACGAUCUCCAUAGAUGAAAAUAUGGAGCCAAGCCCGACAGGAGACUUUUAUCCUUCUCCAAAUUCACCAGCUGCGGGGAGUCGGACAUGGCAUGAAAGAGAUCAAGAUAUGUCUUCUCCUACAAUGAAGAAACCUGAAAAGCCUUUGUUUAGUCCUACUUCUCCCCAGGAUUCUUCACCAAGACUGAGCACUUUUCCCCAGCAUCACCACCCAGGGAUCCCAGGAGUUGCACACAGUGUCAUCUCAACUAGAACUCCACCUCCACCUUCACCAUUGCCAUUUCCAGCACAAGCUAUUCUCCCUCCUGCCCCGUCUAGCUACUUCUCUCAUCCAACGAUCAGAUAUCCUCCCCACCUGAAUCCUCAGGAUACUCUGAAGAAUUAUGUACCUUCUUACGACCCGUCCAGCCCGCAGACUAGUCAGCCUAACAGCAGUGGUCAAGUAGUAGGGAAAGUGCCUGGCCAUUUUACUCCAGUUUUGGCACCCUCUCCCCAUCACAGUGCGGUGCGACCUGUGACCCUGACCAUGACAGAUACUAAACCCAUCACUACAUCCACUGAAGGUGAGGCAUCUUCACCUACAGCAACCACCUACACAGCCUCAGGCACAUCCCAAGCCAAUCGAUAUGUGGGACUAAGUCCAAGAGACCCAUCCUUCCUACACCAGCAACAGCUGAGAAUUUGUGACUGGACCAUGAAUCAAAACGGCAGGCAUUUAUACCCCAGUGCCAGUGAGGAUACAUUGGGAAUUACUUGGCAAAGUCCUGGUACCUGGGCUAGCUUGGUUCCUUUUCAAGUAUCAAAUAGGACACCGAUCCUGCCGACAAAUGUCCCAAAUUAUGGUUUGAACAUAAUUGGAGAGCCUUUCCUUCAAGCAGAAACAAGCAACUGAGGGAAAAAAAAUUAAAAAAAAUAAAAAAGAAAAAAAGGAAGACAGGAUGAGAAAAGAAACUGAAGAAAGAAGAAAAAAUAGACCAGCAAUUGCAGCUCUUACAAUCACUAAUUCCCUUAUGGUUAAAACUGAAAUGUCAUACAAAGGGUCGAUGAUAUUUCACUGAUGGGUAGAAUGCAGCCCCUGCUAUGUAGCCUUUGUUAUAUGAAGUCCGCUGGGAAAUAGAUGUUCUGUCUCUGACAAUAUAUUUUAACUGACUUUCUAGAUGCCUUAAUAUUUGCAUGAUAAGCUAGUUCUAUUGGUUUAGUAUUCUUGUUGUUUACGCAUGGGAUCACUUUUCCUGGUUAUCUCACAAAACAAAGGCUAGGCAGCGGCAACAGAGCUGCAGGAGGACAAGGGCCGUGAGCCAGCCAUUUUCUCAACACUCUGAUUUCUAAAUGUUUUAAAAAUAAGCUCUGUAGCCUUUAGUUAUGAGUAUGGAUUUAUUAAACUUUGGCCCUUAAAUCAGCCUUUUCUAGUGUGUUAUGCAGUUUGAAGUUUUCAAUCAGUAUGAACACACAGGCUCUAUGGAAGAAAUGCCUCUACGUAGGUAAAAGUGUUAUCUCCUCAUGCAACAGUAAAAAAGAAAAGGAAAAAGGUGAAUGAUUUCCCCACUAAAGAAAUACUUACAGAGGCAAGUGCAAUUUAAAAAUCAUAUCUAAGGGGUCAUCACUAUAAGUCCUUCAGCCCUUGGACUCUAAAUUGAGGGGAUUAAAAAUAUAAAUAAAAAUGACUUUGAACAAACUUAUUUUUCCCCUCAGUUUUUGAGGGCAUUAAAAGGCAUUAAAUCAAGACAAAUCAUGUCCUUGAGAAAAAGAAAUCAAUGGAAACACAGCACUUAUGUUGGUUUAGCUGCUGCCUCCACAGAGGGGUAGGAUUUAUUUAUUUAAAGUUACUGGUUGCAUCAAGAACCCAUAGGGUUUACAUAUUUCUGUAAAAAUCUGCAUCAUAGAGACAAAGACAUAGGCAAAUCCAUGCCACAAGGGCAAAGCUUACCGUUUACAAACUGGUAAUACCAGGAUGGGGAUAUGUUAUAUUUAAAUAAUGCACUCAAUGUAAGCCUAAUUACAGGGUGCUGAACACUUGCAUGGUGCUUUCAGAAGUUAGCCUUGUUCAAUUUUCACAUAUUGACAGAAAUAUAAUGUGCAUGGGCAUUUUGCCUCUAUGUCUCUUUAAAAAAAUAAUUAAAAUAUUCUUUCCAGUAAUCCUAAUUUGCACGAAGAUAUAAUGUCCACAUUACGUGCCUUGCCUUGAAAUCUAAAAAAUUGAAAAAAAACCACAAAAAAGAAAAAAAAAAACAAAAAAAUUUGACAUCACUACACUUGUUUUGCUGCAUUUAUUAUCAUUUUAAAUCUUUACCAUUUUUAUGACAAAAUAUUUUGUACUCCAGAUGGGAAAAAUGUGUGACAUCAUGGAUUUUUUAGACAGUUAUACCUUUAUCUCGCAUUUAUAAAGCAUAUCAUGGCUGUGUAUAGUUGCCGCUUAAAAAUUGUAAUCGACCAGCAAUAUUUUCAGUAUUUUGGUGUUUUUUCUAUUAACCUUUCAUGUUUUUCAUCUUCCAAUUAAUAUUGGGGGGAGGGGAUACAAAUUUAUACGAAUUAUGCAAUACCAAGUUUUGCCUAUGUAGGUAGUGCUUUUAGCUGUAUUGGUUAUUAUAGGUAAGUACACAGAUUUAAAAGAAAAAAAAAAAAAAGAAUAAUGUAUGCUUUUUUUGUUUGUUUUAAUUGACCAAAGUGGGUACUGCUAUUUUUGCAGUGUGAUGAGGUCCUUUUCUGUACUGACAGGUGGACAGGGGAUUUUUUUUUAUACAUACAUAUAUAUAUAUUCUGGGGUGGGUGGGGAGGAUUUUUAACACUUUACAGUGUAGCUGUGAAGCAGUGCACCCUUAGCCAGGCAAGGGCUGCAAAGCGACUGUUCUGCCUACUGUGACAAACCUUCAAAUCGGUUCCCUCUUUUUAACUUCCCACCUGGGGUGCAAGCUGAAAUCAUUUCUGGAUUUAAAAAAUAAAUAAUGAAUUCUGUUGGAGGCAGACUUGACUUGAGGAAAUUGUUUUAUUUUAAGGGUUUUUUUCUUGAGAAAGAGAAAGAGAGACAGACAGACAAACAGAGAGAGUAAGAGGUCAAGACCCACAGUGAGAUGAAGCCUUUUCCAUUCUGGCAAAGAUACUGCAUCCUAAAGCGUUCACGGUAGAAAAUGUUUUUGCUCAGAAUGACAAAGACGUUUGCUUUGUCUAGGAAAUGCAUGUACAGGGCCAAAAUCUUUGCUGGCAUAAUUCCACAGACUCCAGUUGACUCUAGAGUUGCUCCUGCAGAGAAUUUUUUUUCCUCUAUGUCAGACAUUCCCCUCCCCACCCCACUCCCCCCAGUUUUUUAACUCACAGCACCUGAAUUACAAUAAUUACAAUUUUCAGCCUGCUCAGUCUGUGUCAGAGCUUUGUAGUGUCUUCUCAUACAGCAGGUCAGAUGGAGAGCUCUGAGAUGCAGUGGGGAAGGAGUUUCUUAAUGCGCAGAAAUAGACUAUGAUGUAAAUAAAAGUGUAUUUCCAGUAAAAUCCCAUUUUGCAGGUCAAGAGUGAGCCUGUUGGUGGAGACCUCUUAUGCGCCAGGGAUCUUUGUGAUGUAUGGCUCGACACAGAGUGAAUUUUUCUUAAAAGCACAUCCUUUUAUUAGGGUGCAAGCAGAUGAGAGUAUAGACUUGUGAGUAUGGGAUACCCUGGUGGUAAAAUUAAUCCUUUUGCAGUUGUCUCUGCACUUUGGAGGUUUUCCUACCCUGGAGCAGCCCCAGAGGGGUAGCUCCAACAACAGCUGCCCCACUGAGCACUGGGCAGUGGCACCCCAAACAGUCCCUUCUGGCUCUGGCCAGCACAUGGUGGCUAACCAGCUGUGGUGGUGGUGCAUCGCCCUGUCUCCAGCAGGAGAUAGCUGUGUAGGCAGGGUCUGAAUGGCUACAAAUACAGGAGCUGUAGAAAAGCAAAUCCUUGAGAUUUAUCUACAGCUGAACUGAAAAAAAAGAAAACCCCACGUAAAAAGAUAAGGCACCAAAUGAAAAUGAAAAUCAACUUCAUAUUGCUCUUUUUCUGAGUCCCACAGUAAGUAAAUUUAUUCACUAAGCACAUGGCUAUUGAGACCACCAAAGUGUACUAGACCCACCCAGAGUGCACCUCAGGCUCUGGACUGGUAAAACAAAGUCUGUAAUAUCCUUUCAACACGCCACUGAUACUGAGCAUUUUGGGGGCAGAGGGGUGUGCUGGGAGGGCUGCUCUUGAUUAGUUCCAUUAGCAAGGUGUCACCCUUAAGCUUUUAAUAGAACACCAGGAUGAAACUGAGACAAGUUCAGGAUUCAAAGUGCAAUAGUCAAAAUGAUGAUUGCCCCUGUAGGAAGAUGAAUGCCCUUAACAGAACAUUUUCGUUAUCUCUGACUUCCUGAAUGAAAAAAAUUGAACUUACAGAUGCAAUAUUUAAAAAAAAACACCUCCUUCCUUCCAUGUGAGUGAAUUUGGUUGUUAAGCAACUGUGGGUUUUUUCCACCUGCCUCUCUAAUAGAAAAGCCUGUUUGGAAGAAAAUGAACUUUUCAUUGGUUGUAGUUGUUUUUGGGCUUUUUUUUUUUUUGGGGGGGGGGGGGAUUUUUCCUUUUUUUCUUUUUUUUUUUUUUUUUUAGCUCAGCUGUCAAAAGAUUAAGAUGAGAUUGAGGACUCAAAUCCAGUCUCUGGCCUCCUCCUUCACCAGGAAGUGUAUUCUGACUAAAUUGAGCCACCCCGUUCUAUGUGCACUGUUCUGCCUUUAUUAAGUUGCUUUGCAGCCCUGGCCUCAUGGCUGUGCCACUGAAGUGUGUUUCCCCUGGAGUGACAUGAACGUUUGAGGCUUGACUAAGGAAAAAAAAAGGCAGUGAAGGAGACUGUACAUAAAGACAUGGCAAAAAUAUUAAUUAUAGCAAUAUAGUUGUGGGGUGAUGUUCAGGUGGGCAGCUCCAUUGAAAAUAUGUGAAUGAAUUUGUGAAGCUGCAAGUAGCGAGAAGAAAGGAGGAUCUUCUGAAUGAACCGCCUACCUUGUAGACAGUAAUUUGUACACUGUAUAGUUUUGUUAAGAAUUUUUUUUUAAUUAAAAUACCCUUGUUGUAAAGCUAACUUUUUAACAGUUAUAAUGGAAAUGCAUGUCGUCAUUUCCAUUUUUAAAGUAAACAAGAAUAUUCCUUGUUUGGAAACUGGACUUGGGUUAAAACUCUCCAGUUUCUUAAUUUAUGUAUUAAAAAAAAAAAUCUGUCCAUGUUAGGAGUUAUUUCGCAGAUCCCUGUGCUUAAAAAGCAUAGGUUACUAAUCCUUUAAAAAUGUAAAUGGAGAAAAGUUAUAUUUUAUGAAGGUUAUUUUGUUGUAUUUAGUAUUGGAAAAGUUGGUUUUCAGAGCAUUUCAAAAUGUUGGAAGCACCACUGUCUUUUUAUUAGUAUAUAUGGCCUUUAGCAAAAGUUUUUGUGAUUGUUACAUGAUGGUAUUUAAGAUUAGGUUCACAGAGCAAUUCAGGAUAGGCAGAGAACUAAAACAGUACUUAUGUCUCACAUAGCUGUGUCCUCAGGGAGCAGAAUUUUGGAUUUGGAACUUGUAGCUUCAUAAGGACUUAAUGAAAGCGAUUGCACAAGGACAUACUCAGCUGUGACACCAGAGUGUGUUCUGUACCUAAAUCUAAAUUAUAUUUACUGUGUGAGAUUAUGAAGGCUGCAGAAAGUUAUCCCAUAUUCAGUGUACAGUAUUCACUUUUAAUGAAACAGCUCUCUAAUGUUGCUGGCAGUAAGGCCCCAGGCAUGACAUCCAAUAUAGUUUACAUGAUCCUGUCAAGGUCUUUUGUUAACAUUAACCAGCUGCAUGCUCCUGGGCUUUUUUAUUGGGUUUCUAUAGAAAACGUUAAAAAAAAAAAAAGUGAGAGAGUAAAAUCAUAUGCAGGCUAAUCAAGUUCAACAGGAAAGCUCAAAGCUGAAUGUUCUACUCCAUGCUGAAGGAGCUGAACACUGCCUCCUUCUUAUUUG